GAAAGCAGCCCUCAGCGUCCCAUCGGGUCCAGGCUUAACCCAGCCACAAUGGUAAACCGCCCCGCAGGCUUCUUUUCUCUUGCCAUCACCCUUUGCAUCCUGCUGGGAGAAGGUAUGGGCCGUCCUCCCCUCGAGUCCCACCUAGCUGCAAUCAGCAGCAGGCACCCCAGGACAAAGAGAUGUUCCUGCAACAGCUGGCAGGACAAGGAGUGCAUUUACUUCUGUCACCUAGAUAUUAUCUGGGUCAACACCCCAGGACAAACUGCUCCCUAUGGCUUGGGAAGCCCACCAAGGCGUCGAAAGAGAUCGCUGAAUAGGUGUGAGUGCUCGCACUCCAAGGACAGCAUCUGUGCUACCUUCUGCCAGGCAAAGCCUUGGUAUCUUGGGAACCUUAAGCUCCCACCGAGCCGUGGCGUAUAGGUAGAGUCUCCACAGCAGUGACCUGAAGCAUCCACAAACUGAUCUUCUGAGAACCUGACGGGACUUUGCUGUCUCUAAUGCCCAGCUCCCUGGAUGGCAGCACCACUCUCAGAGGAAAGUUCAACCAGCAACCUUGCCUGGAAGAAAGAGACGGAACAGAAAAAACUGUUUCCUGGAAUAAUUUGGAGUCCUGUGGAUGCCACUGGCUCUUGCCAUGGCUGCCAGAAAGAGAAGAAGGAAAGACCAUGCAGGAAAAGCAUGGGCCAAAUGGAAAAGCGGGAGAGGCAGAAGAAGCAGAGAAGGCAGCAAUCCUGCUGAAUGACCCAGCAUUGCUCAGCACUCCAGAGACUGCUGUAAAGGGAAAACAGGAUCUCCUUUUAUGUGGUCAUCAACACGUUGUGAAGGUGUGAUCUAGCCUGUUGGUUCGGGACAGGGUUUUAUUAGUCAAUACUAGCUAGAUUCCACACUGGAUUCUGACCGUUGGCACUGUCUCUGCAAUCCAUGCACUUAGGCAUAGAAAAAGCCAUGUUCAAUUCUGAACUUGGCAGCACCAAAAAAAUCCUGUAUUGAAGGCCUGGUCUACUGUGUCUUGAACCUUGUUGGAACAGGAUUCCAGCUCAGCUGCUUUGAAACAUGGUUUCGCUGGCCAUCGUGUAGACAGACUGAUUGGAGCUGUUGCCUCCUUGGGCUUGUCAUCUUAGCACUUUUCCUCUUUACUGCCCUGUCAAAGACAAUCCGAUCUGCAUUAAAUCGGGAUUCCCAUGUAACAAAUACCAUUGUACUGGUAUAGCUAACCAGGCUCUGGCUUUCUCUUGCUAAGCCAUUUGCUUGAGGUCCCUUCUCCAUGAGUGGCUCGAGUGUAGACUGAGACUAGCCUGUUUAAAUCCAAGCCCUGCACAUCAGGCUGUACAGCAAGUGGGUGGGGAAACUUAGGGAGAGCUGCAUUUCCUUUAUUGUCUCAUCUAUUGCUGAUGGAAGUAGUGCAGGUCACUUUAGUUACAUGGGGAGGGGGAACUCAGAGCCAAGCUACUAGUCCCACCAAGUGCGGAGGUGUGAAUGCUGUCUCCUGUCCUUAGACAUGUAAUUAGCUCUUAACUUAGCCCUCCUGGCUUGCUGAUAUGCACAGAACGCUCAGCUAAAGGAGGAGCUGGGGGCAGUAGCAAUUGUGAUGGUCUGAAAG